CGACCCAGGAGAAAACCGGCGAACAGCAACAGCUAAUACAACAAAAAAACCCUUCCUCCCUGUCUCUGCCUUCUACUUCCUAACAACUUUGAGGAAGAAUAAUCCAUGGAGUGAGCUACCGAUCAAUACCUAUCUCGUUUUCUCCGACGCAUUUCUCCAUCGAUGGCUUCCGUCUCCGGCAUCUGCUCUUCCUCAUAUCCGUUCAAAUCCAAGCACUUCACCGCCAGAUCAUCGCCCUCCUCCACAAUCAUGCCUUCUUUUAGAAUAGACUCUCUCACAUUCCCCACUCGUCCUAAACUGGCCGAUCGGACUCUGGCUCUCACUCCGUCGGUAGCUCGGGAGGUAUCGGCGGACUUGUCCAAAAGCGACCCGUCUCCCAAGAAGAAGGGACUAGAGAAGGAGCCGGGAGCUCUGUGGGGCAGAUACGUUGACUGGUUGUACCAGCACAAGGAGUUAGGGCUUUUUCUCGAUGUGAGUCGGAUCGGAUUUUCGGAGGAGUUCGUGGAGGAGAUGGAGCCCAGGUUCCAGAUGGCUUUUCGCGCGAUGCAGGAGCUGGAGAAGGGAGCCAUUGCGAAUCCCGACGAGGGACGGAUGGUUGGGCAUUACUGGCUGAGGAACUCUAAGCUCGCACCCAACCCGUUUCUGAAGUUGCAGAUUGAGAAUACUCUUGAGGCUGUUUGCAAGUUCGCCGAGGACGUCGUCAGCGGUAAGAUUAAACCUCCAUCUUCUUCAGAGGGUCGCUUUACACAUGUCCUUUCUGUUGGAAUUGGAGGUUCGGCUCUUGGACCUCAGUUUGUUGCAGAGGCAUUGGCUCCUGAUAAUCCUCCUCUCAAGAUAAGAUUCAUUGAUAAUACAGAUCCAGCUGGAAUUGAUCACCAGAUUGCCCAGCUUGGCCCUGAACUGGCCUCCACAAUAGUAAUUGUCAUUUCAAAGAGUGGAGGCACUCCUGAAACUAGAAAUGGUUUGUUGGAAGUACAGAAGGCCUUUCGUGAAGCUGGUCUGGAUUUUGCAAAACAGGGUGUUGCCAUUACACAAGAAAAUUCAUUAUUAGACAACACUGCUAGAAUUGAGGGUUGGUUAGCUAGAUUUCCUAUGUUUGACUGGGUGGGUGGAAGGACAUCUGAAAUGUCUGCAGUUGGCCUACUUCCUGCUGCACUUCAGGGGAUUGAUAUCAGAGAAAUGCUUGCUGGUGCUUCAUUGAUGGAUGAGGCUAAUAGAACCACUGUGGUUAGGAAUAACCCUGCAGCAUUGCUAGCUUUAUGUUGGUAUUGGGCUUCUGAUGGAGUAGGAUCCAAGGAUAUGGUUAUUCUUCCUUACAAGGACAGCUUAUUAUUAUUCAGUAGGUAUUUGCAGCAACUGGUCAUGGAAUCAAUUGGAAAGGAGUUUGACCUGGAUGGAAAUCGGGUGAAUCAAGGACUUACGGUCUACGGGAAUAAAGGCAGCACAGAUCAACAUGCAUACAUUCAACAAUUGAGAGAGGGUGUGCACAACUUCUUUGUGACAUUCAUCGAAGUUCUGCGUGAUAGACCCCCUGGUCAUGAUUGGGAGCUUGAACCAGGUGUCACAUGUGGUGACUACCUCUUCGGAAUGCUUCAGGGAACAAGGUCAGCUCUAUAUGCCAAGGACCGGGAAUCAGUUACAGUCACUGUGCAGGAAGUGACGGCUAGAUCUGUGGGGGCUAUGAUAGCAUUGUAUGAGCGAGCAGUUGGAAUAUAUGCCUCACUAGUCAACAUCAAUGCUUACCAUCAACCCGGUGUGGAAGCUGGGAAAAAGGCAGCAGGAGAAGUAUUAGCUCUUCAGAAGCGGGUUCUGGCAGUUCUGAAUGAGGCCAGCUGUAAGGAGCCCGUUGAACCAUUGACACUUGAUGAAGUAGCUGAACGCUGCCAUGCGCCUGAAGAUAUCGAAAUGAUUUACAAGAUUAUUGCUCAUAUGGCCGCCAAUGAUAGAGCUCUUAUUGCUGAAGGCAGUUGCGGUUCACCCCGGAGCAUCAAAGUUUUCCUCGGGGAGUGUUAUGUCGAUGACCUGUAUGCUUAAGUUACACCAGCGAAAAUCAUUGUGUAACAUUGACGGGACAAUAACUUAGAGAAACGGACAUUAUUUUGUGGGUGUGAUGGAGUUCACAAAGAAGCUCCAAUCAACUGGUUUUUGACCUCGAAACAAUGCAUCUAUAUUAGAAACUGGGGUUUCUUAUUCAAAUUCUAGGAAUAAAAUUGUCGAGGGUGCUUCUGGUAGAUGUAAGAUACAUUACCAUGCCUUGGAAUAAUGGGUCCAUUCGUUUCCCUCUUACCAAUAUUCAAUAGUGUAUCUAUUGUUGUCUUCUAAUUUUUCCCCAUAAUGCGAACUACUCUUAUCUCCAUGACAUUGACCUAAAGAUGCCAAUGUUAUGUGGUUAAUCAA